AUGGCUACUCGCGCGUUUAUUGCUGCUGUUGUCAUAGGCACUCUAGCUGACGUUUCCCACGCCUCGUACCCGGACGCCCAACCCCAGGGUGGAAACCAGUUUUCGCCUUUCGGGGGUCCUGGUCGCAAUGAUUUGGGUUUCAAUGGGGGAGCGGCCAAAGAUCCCCUCGAAGCCUUGGCCGAAGCCAUCCCCGGCGGAGGAGUCCCUGGGGAGGAUUACCCAAUUUUAGCCUCGAUCCCCGACACGGGAUUCACUUGCGACGGUCAGCUGCCGGGAUACUAUGCCGAUGUUGCCGACGAAGCUCGUUGCCAGGUUUUCCACAUCUGUCAACAAGACGGGAGGCAAGACUCGUUCCUUUGCCCCAACGGCACAGUCUUCAACCAACAGUUCUUCGUGUGCGACUGGUGGUUCAACUUCGACUGCUCCACCGCCGAGCAGUUCUUCGGGCUGAACGCUGACAUCGGCAAAGUCACCUCUGGCACCAACGGCAACGGGAGCGGCGCCCCUUCGGCGUCGUACGGAGCCCCGUCCGAGUCGUACAGCGCCCCGUCUGAGACUUACGGAGCCCCUCCGAGGAACGGCAAUAGAAACGGCAACAGAAACGGCAACGGUGGCAAUGUCAACAAACCCUCGGCCCUUUACCAAACUCCUAAUUGAAACAUGAAUUGCCAGUUAUCCAUCACCUGACUUGUUUAGUUGUAAGCAAAGUUAUCAAUGUACAUAGGUCACUCAAAACCCUCCGCUACUUUAAUCUUGUAUUGCUCUUAUUUUGGAUCUUUUUCUCUUUAUCUCUUGAUUUUUCGUCACGUUUCAUCUUUCGGAAAUCGGGUCAAAAUGAUCUCAUUGUUUUAAUGUUCUUUGUGUUG